CGCUCGAAAAAGCAUGGAAACUCGAGUUCCUACAUAAAAAGAUUAGGCACCAUACUAUUUGUUUUGGAGCCCACCAAAGGUCAAUUCGAUUACUGAUUCAUACGAUUCAGUACCAUGGAUUAUCAAAACUCGAACAGAAGCGAUCAGGAGAAGUCCAAAAAGAAAAAAAGGGACAAGAAGAAAAAAAAGAGAACAAAGAAGGAUGGGGAGUGGCCUAAUGGUCAAGAAGCAAACUUGCGGGAUCCAGCACGUGGUGUAGCAGGUGCAGCAACGCCCGUGCCUUUGGAAGCUUCUGCUCAGAAACCAGCUCCCGAGCUACAACCACCGGGAUCACAUCCCUUUCCAGUAGACGAUUCCGACCACUGCGAAACCCCCCUUCAGGCCUACAAGGACCUCGAAGCCGUCCUCGAUCGGUUGCUCUGGAUUGAUGAUGGCAGCAACCAACGAAAAAAGAAAAGGCCACGUUCCGAACUGACAAUCUACGAUCCCUAUUACUGCGACGGAGGCGUCAAAACGAAGUUGGCGUCCAUGGGAUUCACAAACGUGAUAAAUCGCAACCGAGAUUUUUAUCGGGAUAUCGAGUCCGGAGAGAUUCCUGACUAUGACGUUUUGGUGACCAACCCACCCUAUUCCGGAAUGCAUAUGGAACGCAUCCUCGAUUUUUGCCGCCAGCAGUCGGAAUGCCAGCCCAACAAGAAGAAGAAAAAAUGCUUCUUUUUGCUCCUCCCUCACUUUGUGUACACCAAAGAUUAUUACCAGAGGGCGCUCUCAUCAAACUUGAUCGAGAAUUCAAAGACGAAUCCUUUUUUCUAUUUCUUGGUCCCCGAGAUCCGGUACGCCUACAUUCCCCCGGCAUGGGUGGCGGAACGAAGCGGGGCCAGCAAGGCCUUGGUGAAGGGCAAGGAGACUACGGCACCCUUUCCUAGUUUUUGGUACUGCCAUGGACCCUCAACGUCGAUCCAGCAGCAGCAAAUCCAUCACCACGACGAAGCUUGGCUGCGCGAAACGUUUGGACCGAGCGGCUCCUUCCGUUCCAAGCACGGGCCCUCGCGGCUGCGCUACGCCCGGGUGGCGGAGGAUAUUCCACGGGAUUUCAAGGGGGAAUUCGAUGCCACAAAAAAACGGCCCAAUCCCCGUGCCCGAAAGCGACAGCGGCAAAAACAGUACCAGCAGGCUCGAUCGCUGCCAUCACCGGCAGCGAAGGCACAGCAGCAGCCCAAGAAGAAAAAGAAACGGCGGUAUUGAAGACUAUUUGGGACCAACGCAACAGAGCGGCAGUAUUGCCUUUCUUAACGUGUAGGGAUCAAAUUUUUCGCUCAAAACCACGUAGUGGUAUUUUCCAUUCACUUUUUGCAAGUCUACGGAAAAUGGUAGAAUGUGAGAAUCCGAUUACAAUACAACAUGGCCAGUCACUCGUGUGUGCUUACAAUCCGUGUUUUUUGUCAAUUCUAUUGCGUCGUGACAUGUAUGGAAAAUUUACGGUUGUUAUUCGAUGAAAAUGAUGACAUGCAGUACCUCCUCAUGACUAUAGCCAUGCAGCUCAAAGGCAUGAUUAUUCUGAUAAACCAAACUUACGCUUCUAUUAUGAUGCGAAUUAUUGGCAAGUGCGCUACGAGAAAGAAGUACAGUACUUCAUAGAGGUUGUAUCUUACUUUCAAAUAGUGUAAUAGAAAGCUAUGUUUGUC